AUGAAGCGGUUCGUGGAGGGGUACCGCUCUGAGAAGAUGUUCAGCGGAGAAUUUACGAUUCCUCCCUCAGUGUGCUACACAGACGGUGUCAGACUUCAUGCGCCACUGAAUGAAGUUUCUUUCGAGAUGUCUGACGAUGCCUAUGCUGUGAGGGCAAUGGUUGGCAUGAAGACGGGUUCAAAUGCUGCGCUGGGUAUCCAGCUAAACGUCACUGAUGGACAUUGUGUUAUGUUUGAGACGAUAAAUACCUCUACAGCUGGUGCAGAGACUGCACUGAGGAAUGCUGAGGAGAGAAGGCGCAUCCAUGCCGUAGGUGGUGUGGUGACAGAGGAUCUGCUCGAUGACGAAUCUGUGGUAUUUGUCGAUCCACAGAACCUUUGUCCACAUCUGAACAAGUUUCGCCGGCACGUCAUUCAUCUGUCCCCGACACUGGAGCAGGAGUUCUUUGUGCUUGCGCAGUACCUUGGCAGCACGACAGGCGCCAACGCCCACGCUGUGAUCCGCAGUGACGAGGGUGCUGCGAUGGCGGAUGUGUUGCGGCGGUCGCUUGUGACGUUUGGAGGGUCGCUGCUGUCCUCCACGCUGCUGGCUGGCGGUGACGCGCUGGAGAGCCACCUGCCUCGCGAUGGCGAUGUGUUCGUCGUGGGCCUUGCUGCUGCCGAUGUUUCUGUGAUCGAGCGUCACCUGGCGGAGCACAGCGGUGUGCGUGUGUUUGUGCUGUUCACGGAUUUAUCCUUGUUCUACGAUGAGUUUGUUGCGGCGUUCAAUGGGAGUGGGGAUGCUGGGCGCCUUGUGUUCGCGACGAGCCUGCCGCACUGGGCAGACAUUAAUACCACGUCGGAGACGGUGCAGCUGUUCCACGCUGCUGUGGAAGAGAAGGCGAAGUGGACGCCGUUGGCGUUAAGGGCAUUUGCCUCCUCGCGCCUGAUGCUGACUGUUCUCUCUCAUAUGGAUAAGGUGAGUGCAGAUCUCUUCGCUGAUUUCUUCUACAAGAACGUUGCCCUUGCUGCGGAGGACAUGCUGUACGGUACAUUUAUUGACUCCUCUAAGUGCUCUGAACAACGUGAAGUAAACGCUAUUGCCUGCGCUGUGAACUACGGGGCAACACGAAUAUCUGUGUGGUCGAUGGCCCGCGUGCUGGACCCCGCAGUGCCUGAGCUGUUCCCCGCUGUGACGCCGUCGAUGGAGUACACGGACCCUGAUGAUGGUAGGCUUGCACUGGGAUUGUUGCUUGGGAUCAUUGUUGUCUCCAUUUCCGGAGGUAUAUUACUGGCUGCUCUGUUUGCGUUGCUCUGCUGUGCGGUCGUCGGAAUUCCCGUGACAACAGCAACGCCCCGAAGGAGUCCACAGACCCCGUGA